UGUUGAUGCAGUUGUCAAAGGAGCGCCAGCGCACGCAGCGACCCCCCAGAUUGCUCUUCUUCUCGUCCUCCUCUACUACAUACAUAGCUCCGGAAGUGUAUAAUCUUGUUCUGAUAUCCUGUUCCAAUGGCCGAAGGCAGCAACUACGAUUACCUCUUCAAGAUUGUGCUCAUUGGUGACUCGGGUGUCGGAAAAUCUAACCUACUCUCGCGGUUCACGCGGAAUGAGUUCAACCUCGAGUCGAAGUCCACCAUAGGCGUCGAGUUUGCGACGAGGUCGAUAAAUGUCGACGGCAAGACGAUCAAGGCGCAGAUAUGGGAUACUGCUGGUCAAGAACGCUAUCGUGCCAUUACCGCUGCAUACUAUCGCGGCGCUGUCGGUGCACUCCUGGUCUACGAUAUCACCAAGCAUGGGUCGUACACGAACGUCACCCGAUGGCUGAAAGAGCUUCGUGACCACGCAGAUGCCAACAUUGUCAUCAUGCUUGUCGGGAACAAGAGUGAUUUGAAGCAUCUGCGGGCCGUGCCCACCGAUGAAGCCAAGGCAUUCUCAACGGAGAACGGCCUGUCAUUCAUAGAGACGUCGGCGCUGGACGCCACGAACGUCGAAUCAGCCUUCCAAACAACCCUCACUGAUAUCUAUCGUAUAGUUUCCAGGCAAACUCUGGAGCAAAACGCUGACCCCAUCAAGCCGCCCACUGGAGACACUCGUACAAUCAACCCGAGCGUGGAUAACAGUGCCAGCGCUCCGAGCGGGAAGUGCUGUUAGGCGCUUGACAUCUCACUCUACAUCUGGUCUCGUGCUGUUGGGUUACCGGACACACAAUACAUGCUGGCAUACGCCACGCCACUAUAGAACAUCGUAGAGCAAGGGAGCGUGUUUACAUGCACUCGCGUGUGCUAUGCAAUUUGUUGGGUGGCUAUCUACACCAUUGCUGGGCCAGUUUACAUAGGCAUUGGCGGGAAGGAUUUCUACAGGGUCGUUUGUCAGAGGGAUCAUGCUCAUGUUUGCUAGCGUACCAGCAGUGUACUAUGGAUCCUACGUCCAGUUCACCAGCGUAUAUUCG